CCUCUCAGCUGCAGGAUGACCCGUGGUGCCCCGGCCCGGCCAGGUGGGAGCCGGGACCCGCAGGGGCAGGGCAGGGAUCCCAGCACACACGGCGGGGAGCUCAGCUGCCGCAUGCCCGUGGGUGUCCCACGGGAAGGAGGAGCCCAGGGCAGCCCUGACCGCAGGCUCUCCGGAGCGGGCAGCGGGCCAGCCGGCUCUGGCACCCGGCCCGGAAAUCCGUCCUGCCCCUUCACUGUGACUCUGCAAAACAGUGGGGCGGAGGCCGUGACGAUGACGAUGGCCGGGCAAGGAGGAAGUAAAGGGGCACGGCUGGGCGCUGCACUGCUCGGGGCACAGCGGAGGGCUCGGCUGAGCACGACAGAGGAAAGCCGAGGCCGGCCGGCAGCCACAGCCAUGGCAGAGGCCGAGGACAGGAGCAUCCAUAGCCAGCACAUCUCGGCCGUGCACAACGUGCCCAUGCGGGUCCUCAUCCGGCCCAUCCCGGCGCAGCUGGAGCCGGGAAAGGUGCAGAGCCUGAUGGAGACCCUGCAGGAGGAUCCCGAGCGGGUGCCCCCCAUCGACGUGCUCUGGAUCAAAGGCAGCGAGGGCGGCGAUUACUUCUACUCCUUCGGGGGCUGCCACCGCUACGCUGCCCACCAGGCACUCCGCCGGGAGACCAUCCCCGCCAAGAUCAUUCCCUCCACCCUCAGCGACCUCCGUACCUACCUCGGCUCCUCCACGCCUCACCUGCGCUAGCCCAGCGCCCCGAGGAUGCCCAGCGCCCCGAGGAUGCCCAGCAGCCCCUCCCAUCCCUGCUGGUUCCGACCCGUGAGCCCUUGACGCGGAUGUGGUCGGCGUCCCCCAGACCUGGAGGGUCCCCGGGGUCCCGGCAGCCGGGAUGGGUCGGGAGGAACCGGUACCGGGAGGCGCCCGGCGGGGCCGGCAGGUGGCGCUGUUGUGCCGCGCUGCGCCGCACGGAGCGACCGGGACGGAACGGGAGGAACCGGGACGGGAGGAACCGGGAUGGGACGGGAGGAACCGGGAUGGGACGGGAGGAACCGGGAUGGGACG